AUGAGCGGAGCCUUACCCAUGGGAGAAAACUUGAAACAACGCAACAUCAACCCAGAUGCCCAAUGCCCUUUCUGUGGGGAAGAUGAAACAGGCACUCACCUCUUUGCGAACUGCUCUUUUGCAACACAGGUUUGGAAAGCAGCGCCUUUCAAGAUCGCACCCGUUACACAAGGCAUAACCUCCAUUCGGGCCCUGAUUGAGCAAUCUAAAACCCUCAUAUGCCUUCCCCCUUGUGGAAUCAGUCAAGGACCCCUUACCCCGUGGAUCAUAUGGUCGAUCUGGCUUGCUAGGAACAACUUGGUCUUCAAUGGGAAACACAUAAAUCCAAUGGAGGUUCUAUCCCAAGCUAUAUUCGUGGCUCGGGAAUGGCACCAAGCACAAACGACUACUCUGAAGCCUCCAAUCAGGAACCCACCCAUCCCAAACCAUAGAACUAAUCCGAGCGAGAUUACUUGUCACACCGAUGCCGCCUGGAACAUCGAAACAAAAGCUGCUGGCUUGGACUGGAUCUUCAACCCAAUUGAACAACGAUCGACCACACAAGGAUCAACAUACGCCAGAAAUGUUCGCUCGCCAUUGGUAGCAGAAACCUUGGCAAUCCUCCACGCAGUCCAAAUGGCUGCAGAUCUAGGAAUGAUAAACCUCCACAUAGCUUCUGAUUCUAAACAAGCAAUAGAAGCCAUCAAUUCGGGAUCUCCAAUCAAGGAAAUCCAUGGGAUGCAGUACGACAUCCUCAUCUUAUCGUCAAAAUUUCAGAAAAUUCGUUUCUCUUUUAUUCCCGGAUCUUGUAACAGAGAAGCUGAUGCAAUAGCUAAGUUUGCUCUAAACCAAGUUGUAGUGAACCCGGUUUAA